ACCGAUCGAUUGUUUAUGUUGAUUUAUUUCCCGUCGACUUUGAGCCGCGAUUAACGAGUGAAAGUGUCAACUUUGAAUCUCAUCCCAGUACAUUUAUAUAUAUAUAUCGGUUCACUCGGCUUUGUUUCAUUCGCUCGUUGAACAUCAUGGCGACUUUUACGGUGUUGAAACGGUGCUUUUCCACCUCGACUAGUAGGAAAGUGAUACAAAACGUUACGGUUAUCGGAGGCGGUUUGAUGGGUUCCGGUAUAGCGCAGGUCGCGGCGCAAAGUGGUAACAACGUAACCCUGGUCGAGGUCAAUCCCGAUAUUUUAAAAAAAGCCGACGCGGUUAUCAAGACGAACCUGGGUCGGGUAGCGAAAAAACUGUACAAAGAGGACGCGAGGGCCAUCGAAAAGUUCGUCGACGAGACCAAGGCGAGAAUCGUCGGGUCGACGGAUCUGUCCGAGGCGGUGCGCGAUAGCGAUUUGGUGGUGGAAGCCAUCGUGGAAAAUUUAGACGUCAAACAUAAACUUUUCGGGGCGCUGGACAAGGCGGCGCCGCCCAAAACAUUGUUCGCUUCCAACACCAGUUCCCUGUCCAUCGGGGACAUCGCAUCCGUUACCGACAGAAAAGACAGGUUCGGUGGGCUGCACUUUUUCAAUCCUGUACCUGUGAUGAAACUGCUGGAGGUGGUGCGAAUACCGGAACAGUCGGAACAGACGUACCAGGCGUUUAUGGCUUGGGGCAAAGCGAUCGGCAAAACAUGUAUUACUUGCAAGGAUACCCCCGGGUUCGUGGUUAACAGAUUGCUGGUGCCUUAUUUGGCAGAGGCGAUAAGGAUGAUGGAAAGGGGUGACGCGUCGCCACGUGACAUCGACAUAGCGAUGAAACUGGGCGCCGGUUAUCCGAUGGGGCCGAUCGAGCUCGCCGACUACGUCGGCCACGAUACCACUUUGUCGAUAAUCGAAGGCUGGCACAAAAAAUUCCCCGAUAAGCAGUUAUUUGUGCCGUGCGAGUCGCUCAAGGAGAAAGUAAGGGAAGGCAAGCUGGGCGUGAAAACCGGCGAAGGUUAUUAUAAGUAUAACAAGUAAAUGAAUAUUUUUAUCCAUCGGUGCCUUUAUUAUAUAAGAAAUUUAAUAUACUUUUACGUUUU